GAUAGAAAUUAUCCCAGGGUCUAGUAUCCCAAAGGAAUGAUCUAUCGGAUGUCUCGAGGCGAGCUCGAUGAACUUCGCCGCCAACUCAAGGAACUCGUAGAGAAGGGUUGGAUCCGACCGAGUGUCUCUCCUUAUGGAUCUCCAUUACUAUUCGUACCUAAGAAGAAGGAGGGUACACUUAGGAUGUGCAUUGACUAUAGGGGCCUUGAUGCCAUCACUGUCAAGAACAAAGAGCCCCUACCGCGCAUCGACGAUUUGCUAGAUAGAGUGCAAGGGUGUCGGUACUUCAGUAAGAUAGAUCUGAAGUCCGGGUACCAUAAGAUUGCAAUCCGGCCUGAGAAUCAACACAAAACCGCCUUUCAGACCAGGUACGGUCUGUACGAGUUUGUGGUGAUGCCUUUCGGCCUGUGCAAUGCUCCUGGCACCUUUCAGCACGCUAUGAAUCGGAUAUUCCAUGAGUACUUGGAUAAGUUUGUCAUCGUGUACCUCGAUGACAUAGUUAUUUUUAGUAAGACUGUCGAGGAGCACGUCACACAUUUGGACAAAGUCCUCAGUCUCCUGCGACAGCACAAGUUCAAGAUCAACGGUGAGAAAUGCGAGUUUGGCCGCACCCGUGUCUUGUACUUGGCUCAUGAGAUAUCCGCGGAAGGGUUAAAGCCUGAUGACGCGAAGGUGGCCAGCAUUCGUGAUUGGCCACGUCCUCAAUUUGUGACUGAGAUGAGAUCUUUCUUAGGAAUGACAGGCUACUAUAAGACUUUCGUUAAGAACUAUAGCAUAGUGGUCACUCCUUUGACUGAUUUGACCCGCCUUGACACCCCAUGGGAGUGGACAGAUAAGUGCGAGGCUGCUUUCAGACAUCUGACGAAUGCGUUGACGCAUUACGAGGUCUUGAAACUUCCUGAUCCUGACAAGCCGUUCUUAGUCACCACGGAUGCCAGCCAAUACGGCAUUGGCGCCGUGCUCGCGCAACAGGAGGGGCCAAAGUUGAGGCCAGUCGAGUACAUGUCUAAGAAAAUGUCGUCUCAGAAGUUGGCAAAGUCAACCUAUGAGAAGGAACUCUAUGAGGUGUACAAGGCACUGACCCAUUGGAGACACUACCUCCUUGGGAGGUUCUUCAUCCUCAGAACUGAUCAUCAGACACUGAGAUGGAUGAGAACUCAUCCGGUACUCUCUGAUGCUUUGAAGCGUUGGAUCGAAGUCAUUGAGCAGUAUGACUUCGCGUCGACCUGACUUCUCAGGUGCGCUAAUUACUGAGUUCG